AUAACUAGUUCACUUAUAUCAACUAUGGCCAUCGAACAAUAGAUUCUUUUGUCGUGGUCGUUUGAUGACUGGACCAAGUUCAGACAAUACCACCAAUUUGAUUACAUGGUUAUUGAUACUCCUCAUCGGUGCUCCAUUUAAUUUCUACAUCUCCCCUCAGAUUUGGAUUGUCCUGCAUCCCUCUCUACCAAUCAUCUCAUAUGUCAUGUACCUCAGCUGCGUGUUUUUCCUCUGCUUAACUUAGUUUACCGAUCCAGGUAUCAUACCUAGGAAGGAAAUCAUUGAGAAAAUGAAGGAUGAGAAUCUAUUGCGACUCAUACCAACUGAAGCUGAUAAUGCCGAUUAUCAAGUUAGAAUUUGUGUCACCUGUAUGAUUAAGAGGCCUCCUCGUUCAAAUCAUUGUGCAGAAUGUGAUAAUUGUGUAGAUGUAUUUGAUCAUCAUUGUCCGUUCGUUAACAAUUGCAUCGGAAAACGUAAUUAUGCAUACUUCAUUUCCUUCAUAUCGACACUUACUAUGGCUGCCAUUUCCUUUGGAAUUGAAUUCUUAUCCUUCGUUAUACUUAUUGCUACAACUGAUGAAAAAGUUCAGCAAAUAUUGAUCAUUGUUCUCAUGAUACCUUUUGGAAUUUGCACGCUCCUAGUAUUUGGGCUGCUUGUAUUUCAUAUCUUUCUCAUGAUCACUGGGAAAACUACUAAGGAACAACUCAAAAAUUUGGAAAAAAAGAGUUCUACCAGUAGAAAAUGCGAAAGAACCUAGAGUCUAUUCAAUUGUAGAACUAUUGUCGAGAAAUAAUAAUUUGAUCAAAUUAGAUAUGAUUAAGAUUUAAUUAAAAUCAACCCCAUAGUCAUUCCAGCUUGA